AUGGAAGCGUAUGAGGAAGAGGGAUCGCCGCAGACGCGUGAUGAUAAAAGAUCCCCAGAUCGUCAGAGUUUUGGGAGGGGCUCUGAUGACAAGAAGAUUAAAGAGGAAGAUCGAGCGAUCGAUCUGGAAGAGAAACCUCGACACCCUCCUGAGGUCCCUUCGGGGACCACCGCGGAUCGUGCUGCAAGGCACAAUCCGCUGGGUGAAAACCCUUCAGCGAAAACUGAACAAAACUAA